CUUUUGGUCCCACCUUUGCCUUCAUGGCGAGGGAUAAAACCGGAGAACGACACAACGAUCUGCUUUCGAAGUUGGACCGGAGUGUUCCAGAUGUGCUGCACUCGAGAAUCAUUCCGAUAGUGCAGCCGGCUAUUGACUGCUUGCUCAUGAAGACCGACGUCCUCCUCGCGAGCCCCGAUGAAGAAGGACUAGUCUGCCUCUGGGACAGCGGUUGGCGUAGUAGGUCAUUAUCCGGAGAGGAUCGGGGGCGAGGUGGCUGGUCAUUGGGGAGGGAUUUCUCUCCGGCAAUAGUGGAGUUUUGCCAAUUAUGGCUAGUCAAUCACUAAUCACUGUUUCGUGUAGCCUGUCCUGAGUGGAAUUCAAUGGCAGAGGUCUUCCAUUCCCUUGUGUGAAGAUUUCGGAAGGGAGGAAACCUCCAGGGGGCAAACUGCAUCAAGAAGCCUUCACUCAACCACUUUCGAUAACUAGUGAUUGACUGGCGUUAAGUUUCGCUUACGUUCCCGCUCUGGAUCGGAUUUUGUCAAGGAAGGGCCCCGGUGGACGAGAAGCAUGGAGGUCGCAGGAAGUGGAUGGCGACAGGGUGUCGAAUUACGUUAAUAAAGAUAGCGUGCUGGUGAAGUACUCGAUCGAUGUUCGCGGGCAUUCCGAGAUUGGCGGCGACAGGCUCAAAAUAUUGCAUAUCGAAUGGAGCGCGAAGUACCCGCUCCGUAGGAAGAAGAGUGCUUCUUCUCACCUUGAUCUCGGGCGGAAGGGUCCUGCAGACGAUGGAUCGGCUCUUCAAUUUGAAACUAUGAACAAACCGGCGCAUAAGGACGACGGCGAGGCGAUGGAAAUCUUCGGGUUUGAGUUGUUCGUGACGAGAGAUCCAGAGGACGAUCCGGAGAUUGUGAGAUACGCGCUUUUGGUGUAUGCACCGGAGGAUGAAUCUCAGACCAAGCUGCUGGAUUCGCUUCUCCCGAAUCAAUGGAACCGGGCUAAGAAAGUUUUAGUCGCCACGCGUGAGGGUGCCUUCAAGAUGAACCCCGUGGAUUGCUCUCAUGUGCCCAACGAGCGGGACGAAGGACUUACCAGAGCACCAUGAGGGUCUACGAAUCAGCGAUCCACUAAGAAACACUACGCAACCAUAAGCCAGAAAUGCUCAGUUGGCGAGCGUGCGUAAUCUGUUUACUCUUACCCUAGACCUAGAGCAAGUCGUGGAG